AUCCUUAUCUAUUUAUUUUAAAGUCUCACGGCUCUCAUUCAUCGAUACAUUACAGGGACGCGUCGGCUUGGGAAAGCUGCUAAACACGCCGGUGUGCUUGAGAGUAUUACCUGGAUGAAUAAUGGAUGAGACGUGUCACUGAUGCUUGAUGAAGACUGUGUUCGACCCUCGGAGCUGAAUUAUGGAGGGUAGUGACGAUGUGCCUGUGACCAUGGCGCAGCCCCAGACUGAUGUGUGCAAUGCUGAGGCUGGAGGAGGAGAAAUCACCGGUAAAGUGGAGAAUGGAGUAAAUCUGGCUGAUUCCUGUGAUGCUAGUGUGGCGGGACUGAGUAAAGGAGGGGUCUCUAACCUGGUGGAGACCCCUGCACCGUCAGUGGUCAGUCCUUCCGCUGAAUCUCCAGGGGGAGUGGCGCUUAAAGUAGCCACAACUGUCCUUCAUCCGGUGUGCCUGGGAGAGAACCCACUGAUGCUGCCCAUUCACCUCCAAAUGGCCGGAGCAGCCGGGGCUCAGCUCGGCCAAAUGGGGGCGGCGCCGUACUUGAUAACGAGCCAAAACCCCGUUUCACUUCCUCUGGUCUUGGAUCAGCAGGUCCUCCAGCACAUGAAUCCUUCUGUGCUCCCUCAGAGCGCUAAUUGCCCCCAGUUGCCGCUCCAGAACAAUGUCCUGUGUCAGAACCCUUUGUCGUUUGGCUUGCCUCCAGCUGUCGACCAAAAGUCAGUAGGUCAAGCGCCGGAUGCUAACCUGCUCUCCCUCCUCCAGAAUCCAGCUUUUGCGGCCAUCCUGCAGGACCUCUUCACUUCCCAGGCAGGCUCGUCUACCUGUCAGUCACCAGGCUCUCCUUUUUUCCCACUUCCUCCCCUCACACCUCCCUACACCUCUCCUCUGGCCCCUCUGGUCCCUCCUGCCACACUUCUAGUCCCCUAUCCUGUCAUCAUUCCUCUGCCAGUGCCUCUGCCCAUCCCACUUCCCAUCCCCAUUCCUGUUCCGCAGACUGAGGACUCAAAGGGGAACAUGCCAAAACCAGUUUGCACUGUGAGUAAAAGCACUCAGACUUCUCCAAAAGAUACUACCUCUCCUUCGUUGUCUUCGAGUAGAUGUGUGCCGCCGUUCCAGCCGCAAAAUGCCUCCCCGUCCUCUCUUCCUCUAGUUGAAGGACAGGCUCUAGACCUUUCCGUCAGGAUGUGUCCAGUCGAACCAAAACAGGAGUACCCCAGUCCACAGCAGGACAGCGUGCUCGACUUGUCAGUGCCUGCUGCGAGGAAAAAAAAGUGUGCCCAGUCACGUAGCUCCAGCGGGUCACCACAGCGUGACAGAGAAUCCUCUCUCGAAUGCACUCAGAGUUUAGAUUCCAAACUCCUGGGCAGUCUGGCUUCACUGGAGUUCAGCCGACAGCAUAAGUGGGUGGUGGACAGCACUGCCGGGGGGUCUAGCUCUCUGGGUCAGGAGUCGUCUCUCAGCGGAGCGGGAAACCUCGAGAUAGUCAGCACCUCGCAGACGGCCAAGGUGAUCGUAUCGGUGAAGGACGCGAUCCCCGCCAUCCUCUGCGGGAAGAUAAAAGGCCUUUCGGGCGUCUCCACCAAGAACUUCUCCAUCAAACGCGACGGCAGCCAGGGGGCAUCUCUGCAGCAGCUUUACGGAGUGCCGUCAGUAUCCCAGGGAGAACAGCACGACCCUAACGACCCGCUAAAAAAGGUCCCUAAAAGCAGAGCUAUCAAACUGAAGAAGGUCAGCUCACAGGAGAUCCAUUUCCUUCCCAUUAAGAAGCAGAGACUAGCAGCGCUGCUCCCCAGGAAGUGA